AUGACCACUAGCACAACCACAACCACGGCUACUAUCAGUAAUGCUUGUACAGGUGGUGAAGUUUACACAACUCAACUUCUUUAUCUGACUCUAACUGCAACCCUUCCUUGGAAAAAGUAUUCAUUUAAUUAUACGGCACCCAACAUUACUUCAGCCACAAUCAUGUUCUCACUACGUAAUGAUCCACUCGAUUGGUAUCUGGACGAUAUUACAAUAACUGAUAGUUCAGGAAUUGAACUCUUAUCUAACGGUGAUUUCGAACUAGGAGAUCUUACUAGUUGGACGUAUUGCAAUCCUAAUAAUGCGGCACACGCUGGUUUUGUUGGUUCAUCUACUCCACAUAAUGGUUAUUAUUCUUAUGUAGAUGGAUCAGUAAAUGCAAGUGAUUAUUUAAGUCAGAAGUUCACGGUUGCACCAUAUAAUAAUUAUUCGGUCAAAUUCUGGCUUUCUGCGAAUUCUGAUAAGUCAAGCUUUGCUUUAGUUUCUAUCACUUCAUAA